UCUUCUUCUUCCUAUUUGUUUUGUAUUUUCCUCUUCCCUACUUGUUGAAGAACGGUGUUGCUACCUUUUCAAGUCGAAAUAUUUUUGCCCGCGUAGGUUACCUUUUUUUUCUCUGUUUACUUUACAAAAAGUGAACAUCAUCAUGAUCAGUCAAGAAGGAAACAAGAUAAACGAGCAUGCAAUUCAUACAGUCAGGACUCCCAACGAUGAUUCCGAGAAAUAUGAAACCAGUGAAGAUCUAAGAAAUGAUCGUCACUCUGAUCUAACCGAUAUCACCAAUGUUGAAGGUGACCAUGAAAAAGCACAUGGAUUACCCACCCCAGAAGAAGACCUUCCUGAUGGUGGUUACGGGUGGUUUAUUAUUCUCGGUGCGUUCAUGGUGCAAGUGACGAGCUUUGGUACCGCAACCAGCUGGGGUAAGUCUAUAUUCUUGAUCUCGAACUCGAUCUCGGUUUCCCGGGACAGUUACUGACAUUUCGUCUCGCAGGUGUCAUGCAAGAUUACUUUGAGCAAAACAAGUUCCCCAAUUCCGCAUUGGAGCUUAGUUUUGUCGGAACACUCGCUCUUGUGUUCACCAAUUUAAUGGGUCCAUUUACUCAAAUCCUGACUUCGAU